AUGGAGAAAGGCUACCUCGCUUUCACAAGGGUCAACGAGCCUCGUUCAAAGAUAUUGCUUCUUCUGAUAGUUGUCUUACUUUCUUUUGCGUUCGCCUUCAACAAACCGCACCACCUCCCUGCUAGAAAUGCGCCCUUGGCACUCCAGCGCUGUCAGUCGUUGAGGCAGGCUCCUGGGCCACCUCCCAACUUUCAUCGACGAAGACAAUCCGACCGUUUUGCGCCUGGAACCAAACUAACCUUGAUCAGGAAUGCGAUGAUCUGGACUGGGCUAAACAACGGAACCAAAACCGUUCACGGCGACAUUCUUCUAGACAAGGGACUUAUUAUGGGCGUGGGCCAUUUUGGGACAGCUUCAUAUGGAAGUGAUUUGACUGUGAUCGAUGCUCGAGGUCGUUGGGUGACCCCAGGGAUCGUUGAUAUUCACUCUCAUCUCGGUGAUGCUCCGAGUCCUGCUCUAGAUGGUGCAGAAGACGACAAUUCGAUCAAGGGCACAAUUCUUCCUUGGAUGCGUUCUCUAGACGGUCUGAACACCCAUGAUGACUCUUAUGCUUUAUCUAUAUCUGGCGGUGUAACCACUUCGCUUGUACUACCUGGAUCUGCUGAUGCUAUAGGUGGCCAAGCCUAUGUCAUAAAGUUACGCCAAACAACAGAGCGUUCUCCUUCUUCCAUGUUAUUAGAGCCACCAUAUCAGAUCAAUGCUUCAGAGCCUUGGGACGCGUCGCUCCCUCCGCGAUGGAGGCACAUGAAACAUGCGUGUGGCGAAAAUCCGAGUAGGGUCUAUUCGGCUACACGAAUGGACACGAUCUGGGCAUUUCGUCAAGCCUAUAACAAAGCGACGCAAAUCAUGAAGCAGCAAGAUGAAUAUUGCAGUAAGGUAGAAGCAGGCGACCUGCAGCAUCUUGGAGACUUUCCAGAGGAUUUACAGUGGGAAUCACUAGUUGAUGUACUGCGAGGCAAGGUCAAAGUGAACAUACACUGUUACGAAGCCGUUGACUUGGAUGGAUUGGUUAGGCUUUCGAAUGAAUUCAAGUUUCCCAUUGCGGCGUUUCAUCAUGCUUCGGAAACAUAUUUAACACCUGAAUUAUUGAAACGGGCCUAUGACAAACCUCCCGCGAUUGCUUUAUUCGCAACGAACGCUCGUUACAAGAGGGAGUCUUACAGAGGAUCUGAAUUUGCACCUCGUAUAUUGGCUGAAAAUGGGUUCACUGUCCUGAUGAAAAGCGACCAUCCUGUUCUGGAUAGUAGACAUCUUCUAUAUGAAGCCCAACAGGCGCAUUACUACGGUUUGCCCGAGAACCUUGCUUUGGCCUCUAUCACCAGGUCUCCUAUAGGUAUGGGUCACAGGAUUGGUAUAAUUCAAUCAGGUUGGGAUGCCGAUUUGGUGAUAUGGGAUAGUCACCCUCUUGCGCUUGGUGCUACACCAAUACAAGUCUUCAUAGAUGGAAUUUCUCAGCUCGAAUCUCCCUAUAUUUCCGACAAGCCUCCUGCUUUUCAAAGAAGUCCUAAAGUCCCAAAUUUCGACAAAGAAACCCAGUUGACGCUGGAAUAUGAUGGUCUUCCUCCCUUAAGAUCGAUUAAAGGAGCCGAAGUCGUGGUAUUUGCGAACGUGAGCAACGUUUUCGUACGGAGUUCUGGCACUGUCAGGGAAAUUUACUCUGCUACUGCUAUCGCUGGCGGGGUAGUCGUCUCGCGUAAUGGACGAUUAAUAUGCACCGGAAAUCAAUCUACAUGUCUUACGGAAGCUGUUUUGGCCUCCGACUCUAAACCGUUCUUCGUAGACUUAAAGGGGGGAUCAAUCGAACCCGCACUAACUUCAUACGGCGCUCCGCUUGGCCUCGAACAUAUUAAUCAAGAGCCUUCCACCAACGAUGGUUUUGCAUUUGAACCUCUUUCGCAACGCGUACCGAAGAUCCUUGGGGGCUCGAUUGUCCGGGCGGUCGAUGGACUACUGUUCGAUACUCGUGAUGCUUUGUACGCGUACCGAGCUGGUGUGACUACAGGAAUAACUGCCCCGAGUCACUAUGGUUUCUUCUUUGGUCUUGGAACGGCGUUCUCUACUGGAGCUUCCCAUAAGUUGGAGAAUGGUGCUGUGGUGCAGGAGGUCACCGCGUUGCAUACUGCUAUUGGGUUCGACGACACACCAAGCGUUAGCACACAAAUCGCAACGUUGCGGAAAUUGCUUAUGACUCCACCAGAAGGACCUGCGGGUGUUUGGUUCAGAAAAGUCUCCGAGGGGUCGUUAACUUUGGUUGUGGAAGUACACAAUGCCGAUGUCAUUGCUACUCUCUUGAAUCUAAAGGCAGAGGUUGAAGCGGCGAAAUCAUCCCAGAUCAAACUCACUAUAGCUGGCGCGAAUGAAGCUCAUCUCCUUGCAGAAUAUUUGGGAAAGGCUAAAGUAGGAGUACUUGUAUUUCCCCGACCUUUCCCCACCACCUGGGACAGGCGUAGAAUUGCACCGGGCCCUCCACUUUCAUCCAAUGCCGUCCAGAAAUUGAUGGCACAUAAUGUGACCGUGGGUCUCAUGAUUGCAGAAAUAUGGGAAGCCAGAAAUUUACCUUUCGAUGUCGCUUGGACUUCCCUUGAUGUGAACGGAACAUUGAGCAAGGAGGAAGCUAUUGCUCUGGGGUCUGUGAAUGUAGAGAAGUUACUUGGGGCUGAAUUGGAAGCUCAGGAUGCCGACCUCGUAGCGAGAGAAUUUACUGGAAAAGAUUUGUUGUUUGAGGGUAGAGUAGUCGGUAUAUUGUCUCCCCGCAGAGGAGUUGUAGAACUCUUCUGA